AUGUUUGCCGCUAGAUUUGACCCAACGCGAGUCCAGUCAUCAGAGCAAAAUGAACGUUCAAAGAGCAGCUUAAAGCGUGUCAUUCCAAUGAAAAGAGCUAAAGAGGUAGCGGAUGACAGUGGUGAUGAGGAUGAACUAAACAAUGGCGACAGCAGUGAGCUUAGCGACAAUGGAAAGGAAAAUAACAGCUCUGAUCGCGAUUCAGAUGACAGUGAAUCUGAUCUCGGUAUGCGCGAAGAGCGCCUCUUAGGUUCCCAGCAAGAUGGGGGCUCCAUAGCCACGAUCGAUGGUGGCACCACGAAUCAGGUUUUAUCGAGUACCGAUAAGCACUCUAGCGUAUUCUCACGAUUUCAAAAAACUUUGGCAAUUCAAGACAAGCUAGAUGCUCCUGAUAUAAUGGAAAGUGCUGACGAGAAAGAGGUAUUGGAGCCGUUUCACGAGCUAGUACCUAUUCCGCAACCCACAGUCGUCAAGGAUACGCUUAUGUCAGAAGAGGUCGCAAACUCUAUAAGCAAGUCAGCGGCAUGGUUGCAUACACAGAGAGUUCGAUACGACAACACUAUGAUCAAGCCAUUUGCAAGUUACAAAGCUCAGCUUAACGAAAAACUGCUAUCUAACAUUACCACUAAGUUCUCAAGCUCCACCUUUCCAAUUCAAACAAUUCUAUUGGACACACUUCUACCUAGGCUCAAUUUUGCACAGUCUGUGAAUAAGAAACAAUUCGGUCGUCGCGUGGGUGACGUGCUUGUUAAUGCCUCUACAGGGUCUGGCAAAACAUUGGCAUAUUCAAUUCCAGUGAUACAAUGUCUGUCAACGCGCACGGUCAAUAGACUGCGAUGCUUGGUGGUAGUACCAACAAAAAUUUUAAUUCAUCAAGUGUUCGAGACGUUAGUCAAACUUUCGCAAGGAACAAGCCUCAUAACCGGGAUAUCUAAACUUGAAAACUCGCUCAGGGAGGAACACAAAAAAUUUCAGCUUCAGGAACCUGAUAUAUUGAUCAUCACUCCCGGUCGUUUGGUUGAUCAUUUGCAGUUAGGAACUUUCAGUUUGAAGAACCUCAAGUUCUUGAUCUUGGAUGAAGCUGAUAGACUACUUAAUCAAUCAUUCCAAAAUUGGUGUUCAGUCAUCAUGAAUGGGCUAAAAAAAGAUCGCGAUGAAGCUCCCCCUAUGAGUGUCAUAAAAAUGGUUUUCAGUGCUACUCUGACGACCAACACAGAAAAACUUCAUAACUUGCAAUUGAAUAGGCCUACUAUUUUUAUGAUGAACUCUGUCAAACUGUAUCAUUUGCCAAAGCUUCUUCAGGAGUACAAUAUCAACAUUCCAACUGCAAAAAGUUUUGCGAAGCCUUUGUUUUUAUUGCGACUGAUCUGUGCUCUCAAAGAUACACAAACACGGGCACUGGUAUUUGUACGAAGCAAUGAGGCAUCUAUUAGACUUUCUAUUCUGCUAGCGUUGAUGGUCAAGGAGCGCGCUAUAUCGGCUGAAGACGAUAUUGAGAUCCUUUCUAUUAAUUCGAAUAAUACUAGAGGUCUCAACAAUAAACAUAUCAAACAAUUUGCAUCCUCUAGUGAUUCUCAUAUUAAACCUAAGGUUCUGGUUGCCACAGAUUUGAUGUCAAGAGGGAUUGAUAUUGAAAACGUUACACAUGUAAUAAACUAUGAUUUGCCAAUUUCUUCUCAGCAGUAUGUACAUCGUUGUGGAAGAACUGCCAGAGCUCAAACUAGUGGCGUGGCCUUCAAUAUGCUUGUUGGUAAAGGUGAGCAAUCGUUUUGGCAGCAUAAUAUAGACAGCGAUUUGAGUCGGGACGUCGACGGUUGUCACGCCAAACUAUACAGCGACCUUGAGCCCACGAGCGACAUACUUGUUAUUGACGAUGGGACAGAAAGGGCUUAUCGCGAGUCCCUUGAGCAGUUGAAGAAUGGUGUUCGCAAUGAUUAA